AUGGAUUUGAAGGCUCAAAAUUCGCAGACUGGUAAAUAUUACAAAAUCUACCAACUAGAACUCUCACCAGCCAAGACUGGUAAAUAUUACCAAAUCUACCAACUAGAACUCUCACCAGCCAAGACUGGUAAAUAUUACCAAAUCUACCAUCUAGAACUCUCACCAGCCAAGACUGGUAAAUAUUACCAAAUCUACCAUCUAGAACUCUCACCAGCCAAGACUGGUAAAUAUUACCAAAUCUACCAACUAGAACUCUCACCAGACAAGACUGGUAAAUAUUACCAAAUCUACCAUCUAGAACUCUCACCAGACAAGACUGGUAAAUAUUACCAAAUCUACCAUUUAGAACUCUCACCAGCUAAGACUGGUAAAUAUUACCAAAUCUACCAUCUAGAACUCUCACCAGCCAAGACUGGUAAAUAUGACCAAAUCUACCAUCUAGAACUCUCACCAGCCAAGACUGAACUCUCACCAGACAAGACUGGUAAAUAUUACCAAAUCUACCAACUAGAACUCUCACCAGUCAAGACUGGUAAAUAUUACCAAAUCUACCAACUAGAACACUCACCAGCCAAGACUGGUAAAUAUUACCAAAUCUACCAUCUAGAACACUCACCAGCCAAGACUGGUAAAUAUUACCAAAUCUACCAACUAGAACUCUCACCAGCCAAGACUGGUAAAUAUUACCAAAUCUACCAUCUAGAACUCUCACCAGCCAAGACUGGUAAAUAUUACCAAAUCUACCAACUAGAACUCUCACCAGCCAAGACUUGUAAAUAUUACCAAAUCUACCAACUAGAACUCUCACCAGACAAGACUGGUAAAUAUUACCAAAUCUACCAUCUAGAACUCUCACCGCCCAAGACUGGUAAAUAUUACCAAAUCUACCAACUAGAACUCUCACCAGCCAAGACUGGUAAAUAUUACCAAAUCUACCAUCUAGAACUCUCACCAGCCAAGACUGGUAAAUAUUACAAAAUCUACCAUUUAGAACUCUCACCAGCCAAGACUGGUAAAUAUUACCAAAUCUACCAACUAGAACUCUCACCAGCCAAGACUGGUAAAUAUUACCAAAUCUACCAACUAGAACUCUCACCAGCCAAGACUGGUAAAUAUUACCAAAUCUACCAUCUAGAACUCUCACCAGCCAAGACUGGUAAAUAUUACCAAAUCUACCUACUAGAACUCUCACCAGCCAAGACCUCGAAUCAACAGAAAAGUGCUCAGGAACCCCUCACUGAUAUUUUUUGUUAUUUCAUCGUCAUUUGUACUACAUGUAGAAUUCUUUGGCAAUAA